CCCCCUUUCUGGUCUUGGUUUCGCUGUCCUUGCGACUCCCCUUCGCCUUUGACAUUGCAUCAAAGCAUCAAACAAACCAACGCAGUACUCCUAUUCAAACAGGCAAAGCAAAGCAAACCCAUGACGCUUGUGCCACCGACAGCGCUGCGGUCACAGUCAGCAGCCAGCAGCAGCAGCAGCAGCAGCUCGAGUUCAAGCUCGCACUCCACGAGCCCAGCGGAGCCAGGCAGCAGCACUCCUGCAGCCCACACUGUGACCACCCUGCCCUCCACGCGAUUGUCGACGCUGCGCGCGCUCGAGGCCGAGAACGCCCUGCCGCUGACCGACUCGGCCGGCUCGGCUGCGUUCGCUGCUCGUGCUGCCGCCAGCCGCAACCGUGCGCGCGAUCUCGUCAUUGCCCAGAACACGAUUGUCAGUGCUGCGUCGCGUCCGACGGCAGGCAACACGACGUCAGAGCGAAUCACUCAUGUCCUGUGUCUUGGCAUCAGCGUCUCUGCAUUUUCGUUGGACACCUUUUUGACGCAUCCGUUGGUCGUGCUGCGCCAUCAAGCCCAGGUCAACCAAUUCCAUGCAGGCCACUGGUCGCCUUUCUCGUACCUGUCGGUCGCAUACAACAUUGGCCAACGUACAGGUGCUGGCUCGUUGCUGAAGGGAUUCUGCACGCCUCAGCUGGCGGACGCCAUGUUCAUUGCCGCGCGGACAGUUCUGGAGCGUGCCUACCGAACUCUCUGGAUCAAGCCACGACUGAUCAAGGCCUACUUGGCGUCGCCCAGCAAUGCAACAGACCGUGGCAUCCUGGUUCAAGCUGCUGAAGCAGAGUCCCUUCGCAUGCCGCUACCUUGGUACAACCGUUUCGCUCUCAACACCUUGGCAACUCUUCCCACCAUGCCCUUCUACUUUACGAGCGUCAUGACGACGCUGUCUGCCGAGCUGGGUGGUGAUUCUGACAAUCUCAUGUUCUGGCUGGGACGCUUCUUUGCCGAUCGAGCAAUUGUUGGCCGCGGCCUUGGCGGGCUAUUGGGACUGACAGCCGCUCAUGGAGAGUCGUUCUUUUCGGGUCCCAUUCCCUUUACCACGCUUGUGCUCCCCACCGUUGGCUACUUUGCAGCCGCUCGAUGGAUUCAGCGCCAAGUCAGCCAAGCGGUGAUUGAAACGCUGCACGAUGCCCUGCGAGUGCGCCAUCCCAAAGGCGAGUCCGAGGACCCUUCUUACUCUCGCCGGGAGCAGGCCACCGGAGAUUUCGUCCGAACCAUGUUUGGCGUCACUGCCGGCACGCUUGUCGCCGAUGUGCUCUUGCUGCCUGUUGAAACAUGCCUCGUUCGACUGUAUUCCCAAGGCUCGCGUGUGCUGAUUGACAACCCAGAUACUGGGCUUGACGUCAUUGCCGCAUCUUCGUCGUUUGCGAGCUUUUUCGACGCUGCACAGGCUGUAGUUCAAUCUCGUAGCUACUUCCGUGGCUUUGGCGCCCUUCUCCUCCAAUGUGCCAUCACGGCUGGCAUUUUGUUGGCCGAGCGUGCCUUGCUCGAGCGCGUUGAGCCGCUCAGCAAGCGUCUCGCCCAGCGAUUUGAGCGCAAAACCAAUGCUUCUUCUGACUCGCAAUAAAUAUGCAAAAGGAGAGAGAGGGUUGUUGUUGUUGGGACUGGUGAUUUUUCCCCAGCCCCCGCCUCCAUCUCCUUGUUGUUGUACUAUAAAACGCCGCGCACAA